UUAGUUUUAUUGUCUGAACUUCAAUAGCACAGACGGGUUAUUAAAAUCUAUAUUUAUUUAUGCUCUAUUACAUUUUCUUAAUUUAUAAUCUGCAUGUUUUUCCAUUCUGAUGUAUAUUUUACCAUAUCAGUACACAUGUUCUUCGCACAGAUAUGAUGCGAAAGACUCUUUUGCUUUCUACUCGAUGAUUGUCAAUGGCGUAGCAAAUUGUAUUUAUUACUAAAUAUCUGGAAGACGUAUGAUGUCGGCCAAAACAAAUAAACGAAGAGAAGAAACCAGUUGUGCGCCUUUUAAUAAGACUUGGAUGUUGGGAUUGGGAAACUUGCAAACAAUCCCAGCUAAUUUACCUCUGCAGUAUUCACCGCCUCCAUCAUUAGUCAGUCCAUUACCAAGUCCUAUUCUUAAAUGCUCAGUAUCUUGCAGUCCUUCACCUGCAUCUGGAAGUGGCAGCAGUACUGGAGGUACAAGUCCUGGAAGCACAUCUGAUCCUAACUGGCAGUCGAAUCACGCCAGUGUCAGAGAACGUAAUGCUGCUAUGUUUAACAACGAAUUGAUGAGUGAUGUGCACUUUUUAGUGGGUCCAAAAGGAAGUGCUCAAAAAAUUCCAGCACAUAAAUAUGUGUUGGCAACUGGAAGUUCUGUUUUCUAUGCCAUGUUUUAUGGUGGUUUAGCAGAGAAUGAUGCUGAGAUAGAAAUUCCUGAUGUGGAACCUGCUGCCUUUUUGACACUUUUAAGGUUCCUGUACUGUGAUGAUAUAAAUCUUGAAGCUGAUACAGUUUUAUCUACUUUAUAUGUUGCAAAGAAAUAUCUAGUGCCUCAUUUGGCUCGAGCAUGUGUUGCAUACCUAGAAACGAGCUUGACAGCAAAAAAUGCUUGUGUGUUGUUAAGUCAGAGUCGCCUUUUUGAAGAACCUGAUUUAAUGCAACGUUGCUGGGAAGUGAUUGAUGCUCAGGCCGAGCUAGCUUUUGCUUCUGAAGGUUUUGCAGACAUUGAUUAUCGUACACUGGAAUCUAUUCUUUCCCGUGAAACUUUGAUGAUCAAAGAAUUUGCUCUUUUUCAAGCUGCUCUCAAUUGGUCGACUGCGGAAUGUAUUCGCCAAGAUUUGGAACCUACACCUGAGAAUAAGAGACGAGUCCUGGGAAAUGCUAUGCAUUUAAUAAGAAUCCCUACAAUGACACUUGAAGAGUAUGCAAAUGGUGCUGCACAGUCAGGCUUGCUCACUUUACAAGAAACAAAAGAUAUAUUUUUGCAUUAUACUGCAAAUAACAAACCAGUUCUACCUUUUCCCACCAAACCUCGUGUUGGCUUAAAGACUCAGGUCUGCCACAGAUUCCAGUCUUCUGCAUACCGCAGUAAUCAGUGGCGCUACCGGGGAAGAUGCGACAGCAUUCAGUUUUCUGUGGACAAGCGGAUCUUCAUUGUAGGAUUUGGACUUUAUGGAUCCAGUAAUGGUGCUGCCGACUAUACAGUAAAAAUUGAACUCAAAAGAAUGGGGAAAGUUCUGGCUGAAAAUAAAACCAAUUUUUACUCAGAUGGUUCAAGCAAUACUUUCCAUGUUUAUUUUGAACAUCCUAUAUUAGUGGAAGCUGAUACUUAUUAUACAGCCUCAACGGUCCUCGAUGGUGCAGAGCUGAGUUAUUUUGGUCAGGAUGGUGUGAGUGAAAUGACAGUAGGCUGCAUUACUUUUCAAUUUCAGUGCUCUUCAGAUAGUACCAAUGGAACUGGUGUCCAAGGAGGUCAGAUACCAGAGCUAAUUUUUUAUGGCCCUAGUCAAGACUCGUGACUCGACAGAAAGCACAGGUACUGUGGUUUUCGCAAAAAUGCUACUUCAUUUGUUGUAGAUCCGUAUUCAUGUUUCUUCUCUGUUUUGUUCACAUGUGUAAAACGCAUAUUCAUGUCAUAAGUUACCUCUUAUGAAUGAUUUUGUGUAAUUAUAUAUAAUAUUUUAUUUUUAUCUUCAAAGAAUUAUCAAGCUGACCAGAUGAUGCAUGGCUAAUAUAGAGACGACUCAUCAUUGGACUGUUUGAGAUAGCAAAAGAAUUGUAGAAUUUGUAGAAUAUUUUUUUCUUUUCUCAAUUUUAAAAGCUGAAUUAAAUGCAAAAAUCCCUAAAUAUGAUUAGAUGUAUAGGAUAUUUAAUGAGCAAAUUCUGUUCAUUAACUUUUGUAGAUGGAGUAUAUCAAAUUUUAUUGGGUGAUUUAUUUAAGAUUUUCAUUUGUCUUUAUAAUUUCCACAUAGUCUCUUACGAGAUAGAUUACAAUUAAUUGGACAAUUAUUAACUGUAUAUCAGUUAAUAAAGGAUCUGAACAAUAGUAUAUAUGUACGAUUCUUUUAUAGUGUAUAAUUUUUUGUGAUGUCAAUUUUUUUAUUAUUAUUAUUUAAGGGGUAUAUAUAUAUUUUAAUGUGCUGGAUAAUUGUAUUUACUGUGCUACAAUUGCUGAACCCUGAGUAAUGUGGAUAAAAAAGAAUAUUUUAUAUCAAGCCCUCCAUUUUUUUCUUCUGAAGUGUGAAUAUUAUAUUUUUAUCUGGUUGAUAUUGAUGUUUUUUGGAAGUUGGCUUGUGCUUUAUGUAGUAUAAAUAUAAAAUUUGUUUCUUUAGGUAAAAAAAAACCUUAUUAUGUUCUUUAUAUGUAUAUAUUUUUUUUUGAUUUAGUUAUUUUUAAGGCAGUUCCUCGAAGUUGCAAUUAUUUAAAUGCAUGAAUACUUAUAAAUUGAUAGAAGUUAAAGAAAAUAUGAACUUAUGAUAUAUAAACUUUUUAUGAAAAGUGUAGUUCAUGUAUAUAAUUAUAAUGGCUUGUCAUUGAUCUUCAACAACGAUAUAUUAAAAUAAAUUUUAUCGAAUUUAAGAAUGUCAGAAUAAAAAAAUUUUCUCUUUAUAAAAAUUAUUUACUUUUUGUGAUAAUAAUAAAACAACUAGCAUACUUUUAUGAGAUAUAAAAAUAUAAUUUUGUGAAUUCUUUUUAUUAAUUAUUCAAGAUUGUCUCUGUUGCAUUCAAUUGUUUAUAGAUUCAUUGCCAAUUCAUGUGAACAAAAAAAUUUUUUAAUUUAAGUGUUUCUUUGAAAUUUCUAUUUAAUUUGCCAAUAUUUAUUAUUUAUAUAAAAGAUAUAGCUAAAUUGUUAAUUUGAUAUUAAUUUGUAUUUUAAAAGUUCAGCAGGGAUUUUUAAUGAUCAGAAAUGUAAAAUUUUCUAUUUGAAGAGAAAAGAAAUUUUUCUUAUGUUUAUGUGACAAAGGAUUUUUUUCUCAUUUCUGGCUUAUUAUAUCCUUGGUUAUUAGGUUAUCCUGAAAGUUAUAACAUUAUUUUAAAUUUAUUUUCUCAAUUUCGUUGUCUAUCAAGCUGAUUUUGUGUUCUAUGGAUUUUACAUUAAUUUUGUAAUAUUUUAGAUGUUAUUAUAAAAUGAUUGUAGUAUCUUCAUUAGAAAAUUAAUAAGUUAUUAGUUUCACAUGUACCCUUUAAAAAUGUGAAUUUGAAAACUAAUUACUAUAUUCUCUUUCUUAGCAUUUAGUGAGAUUUAGUCAUUCUUUUCUCAUUGAUAUAACAUCAGAGAGGAUGCUUUCAGCUUUUAUUAUCUAUUUCAGACCAUAAUAAACAAAUAUCCUUGAUUUAUCUUUUGUGGUUCGAGUUUUAAAACAUAAUUAUUGCAAUAUGGUGCAUACAUUUUUAAAUAAUUUUAUUAAUAUCUUAUGUGCCAAUUCUAAAAUUUUAGUUUCGGCUGAGAGCUAUAGCAUUUUAUGACCAUGAUAUUUAUAUUUCAUUUUAGUGUCUAUGGGCAUAAAAUUUGUUGAUCUUGCUAUGUGGAUUCAUUUUAAGCAACUAUUUCAAUAAAAUGUACGACCUAGUUAGUGCUUGAAUAUUUUUAUCAAAUCUCGGAAUAUAUAUGCCUUUUAUUGAUGAUUUUAAUUGCAAAUGCUUCUGCAAACAUUAAAAAAGUUUCUUGAAUUGAAUCUAAAAAGUAAGACGAAUAUAAAAAUCUUAUAUAAUGUAUAAAUGCUGAUCAAUGGCAGGUAAAAUCAGUAGGGUUUGAAUGUAGCUUCAGAAUUCAGUUUUUCUUCUUAUUUAAACCUGAAUACAUAAAUAAUUAUCGACUUUUAAUGUAUCUAUUUUGCAGAGAAAUCUUUUUAAAGGAUUUAUGUGAUGUGGUAGAUAUAGUUGAGUAAUAAUGCUGUGUAUAAUUUUGAAAAGUUUGAUUUCUGUUUAGAUGUGUUAUUUACAGUUUAUAUGUUUGUUUAAGGGGUAGUCUCUUUAUUAAGUGAAUAGGGUUAAAAUUUUUAUGAUAUAAUUAAUAAGAACUAUUCAUUGUUUUCCCAUUAAAAUGAUAAUUAAUUUAAUUUAAAAAUGAUAAUUUUAUAUUCAGUUUUGAAGAAUCUAAAUUCCAGAACUAUUAAGAAAUACUCUUAAUGUUUGUAUGUUCAGAAUCUAGGUUUGUAAAUUAUUUUUCUUCCUAUAAAUUUGAAAAAGAUCAUUUUUAGAACGUAAUUAUCUUUCUAUAUCUUUUUUUUCUUCUUUAAUUCAGUGGUUCUUAACCUUUUUAAGCCGCGACCCAAAUUUGAGAAAUAUUUGAGAAAAAGUCAAAAUUUUUUCAUUGCUUUAUUUUAGAUUGUAUUUUAAAAAAAUCUUCAAUCCUACGAUGAUGAUUUUUUUUAACUUACAAAUUUUUUAUUUAUUUUUUUAAUAAUAAAGAUAAACAAAAGUACUUUUCGAUCCAAGGAAAAUUUAAUUAAUAAUCAAGUGUUUUUAAUAAUUUUUAUUGACCAAAUUAAAAUAUAUUUAUAACUUUUUGAAAAUAAUUGACAUUUUGAUUAGCACAUAGAUGCUAAUGGGUGUUUCUUUUCUCUCAAAAAUAAUUCGACUUCUGUCCGUAAUGAUAAUACUCUUUGAACAACUUUGCCCCGGGACAGCCAUAUAACUUCAGAAUAAUAUAAUAAAUGUUAGUAUUCUGCACCAAAUUCGAAACACAGCUCGAGGAAAGUUCUACAGUUAAGACCUCUUGAUUUGAUAAAAUUGACUACCGCAACAAUUUCAUCCAAAACGAUACAUAAUUCGGGUGAUAAUUUUUUUGAAGCAAGAUUUUGUCUAUGUAACAAUGAAUCGAUAUAAUUUGUGGAUUCAUUUGUUUUGCUCUUGUUGAAAAUCCCUUUUUAGAUGCUGUCAUGGCAGCUGCACCGUCGGUGCAAAUACUGAAACACUGAUUCCAAUUUAAUUCUUCUUCUUUUAAAAACGAAUCGACCAUAAGAAAAAUAUCAUCACCUCUAGUUGUUGUUGAUAUCGGUUUGCAAAAUAAAAUGUCCUCCUGUAUAUCUGUUAAACCUGGAUACCGCACGUAAACCAUGAGUUGAGCAUCUUUACUUACAUCUGUCGCGACCCAAGAAAUAUGCUUCGCGCCCAAUUUUGGGUCGCGACCCAUAGGUUAAGAACCGCUGCUUUAAUUGAAAGAAAUUCCUGUAUUUCUUUCUCUGUAUUGUAUGCUAUGUUUUUUUUAUUUAUAUAUCUCUGGUUAAAUCCAUAAAUCAUUCUUUGAUAUUAUAUUUUAUUCAGAUUGUUUUGUUUAGAAGAAAUUUGUAUUCCUAUUGCAAUAAUAUAUUUAAAUGAAUUAUUAUCAAUAAUUAUAACAAUAGCAUCAUAAUAAUUUUUUUAAAUGAUUGUAAAUUUUCUUUAUAUAUAUAUAUAUAUAUAUAUAUAUAUAUAUAUAUUCUCUAACUUGAGAGCACAUUAGCUCUAGUUUUGUUUGAAUUGAAAUAAAUGGUCAUUUAACUAGUUUACUUUAAAUUUUCUUUUCAUAUCUCUUAGUUUUGAACUAUGACAUUCUAUUAUUUUUCUUGCUCAUUUUAAUUAGAUUGCUUUUGAUGUUGGCAAAUUUUUUUUAUGUUGUUAAAUUUAAUUUAAUUUUUUUUUCGAAAAGAAAACAAUACUGUGACAUUUUGAAAAAUGAAAAGAGAACCUUUUUAAGUUCUCCUCUAUAAAUGAAUGAAUAUUCAUGCUUUUUUAACAGUAAAAAAAAGAGAGGGAAAUUUUUUUAUAUGUUUGUUACAUUUGAAUUUAAAAUGUUAAAUUUGAAGUUUUAAAUACUAAGAUAUAUCUUCCUCUCAAUUUAGGUGAUAAAUCUCAAGGGCUAACCUAUUUGUAUGUAAUAUAUCUGUAAAUAAGAGAUAAACUAGCAUAAGUAGCAAUUUUAAUAUUUUACUGGAAUGCUAAAAGAAGUCCCAGAGUGCUAUGUAUCACAUACCACUCUGGCAAGUCUUAGCAUGUAUGUCCCCUUCCAUCAACCUACAUCUAUGAUACAUUGCCCAUUCAAACAUGCUGUUGAAAUAAAGAAAGUAUGAUAAAAAUAUUAAAAUUUGAUUUAAGAUAACUUAUUUGCGAGGAACUCCUUUCUUUCUCUUUUAGUCUGAGGAAAGUUUUUUUUCUUAUUGUAAUACAUUGAUUUUGGAUACAUGUAAUGGAAAAAUUAAAUCUAUUAAUUUUAGAUUUAUAUACCUAUGUCUGCUUUUAAGAUUGUUAUUAAAUACAGAUCUGAUUUUUAAAUAAUUAGAUCAUGGAUUUAAUUUUGCAUGCUACUAUAGUUCUGUUGUGAACCGAGAGGAAUAUAAUUUAGGAAAAGGCAUUAUAAUGUAGUAUGUUUUAUUUGUGAAAUCUUUUGCCAAUAUUAUCUUGCAGGAAUCUAAUUUUUUUUCUUUUUUCCUCUCCUAAUUUUCAAGUAUAUGAGGGAAAUUCUGAAAAUCGAUUUCAGUUGAUUUGAAUUAAGUUAAUUCUAGAAUGUAAUGAAUUGAACAUAAUAUCUAAUAUUUAAUAAAUGAAUUUGCAAUCCUAUAAAACUCUGAAAAAAGGAUUUAUUUGAUGAUAUUAGAUUGUAUAAUAUAAUUUAGAUAUAUAUGUUAGAAUUUUACUGGCAAACUACUUUUAAUUGAUCUUUGGUCCAAGAUCUGAUGCAUUUUAUUUUACCAUAUUUAUUAUGUAUAUUUCAUGAAUUUCAAAUUGUCAUUUAUUUACUUAUUUGAUCAUUAUCUAGCUUUAACUUGUCACUGAACAUUUCUGAUGAAUUGUAAUUAAUAGAAGUCUCGUAUAUUUUAUUAUUCAAUUUAAUUAAUAUGGAAUAUAAUUUAAUAUUUCUUUUAAUCAUUGCGUAUCAUUUGAAAUAUUAGUCUGUUUCAUUUUACUCUGAAUAUUGGGUUUAUAGUAAUUUAUAUGUUAUGAUAAAAAUAUGCAAGCCUUAAUAUUUACUGAUCUCAUGACAAUAUAUAUUGCAUUUAAAAUUGAUUUCUAGAAUGAAAUUGUUUAAAGAGUUAUUAGAUCUUAUUUAAGCAUUACUAUUCUGCAUUUAAAAAUUAAUCCAUUUUCUUUCAGUCGUUAGUCUUUUCUAUUUUACGUGUUCAUGCAUUGGUUAAAUUAUUGUUUUGACAGAAUAGUAUAUGCAAAACUAAAAUUUAUUGUUUACUUCAAACUUUUACAGAUUACAUUUUUCCUAUUUCCAUUAUCUAUUCUAGCUUUGAAUAAAUUUUUAAAUAAAGAAUUGAUUUUAUUACUAAUGUAUUUGUAAUAAUUUAACUAUAUUAUAUUGCAAUAGUGGUGGAGUUUUAAAUUUAUACACUAAUUGAAUUUUUUUAUUUUGAUUGAUUGACAUCUGACUGUGAUGGUAGAAAUUAUGGUUAAUGUGCUUAGAACAAUAUGUAUAAAUUUUAAUAGAUUUUUCUGCAUAAAUUAAAAAAAUUAUAUGUUUUGGGAAGAAUUAUAACAAUUUUCUCCACUUGUUAGUAUAAUUAAGUUGUGUCACUUUCUGAAAAAGGUGAAAUUGAUUUGUUCCUGUCCACAAAAUUAACAGAAUUGUAUAUUGUGCUUUAUAAAUUGUCUGAAUUUUUUUGUAUAUAUUACAUGAGGUAAUAUUCAUUUUCUUAAAUCUUAAUCAUUUAAUAUAUAUACUCUCUUUGUACAUUAGCAAUUUUUUUUAUUACAGAUUUUUAAUCAACAAAUUGAAAGCAUCAUGUUCUGUGUAACAGUGUUAAAGGGUUAUUUGUGCCAGAUACUAUAUGCGAUGCUAAUUGUAAAUGUCCAUAUUCAUGAUUGAAUAUGCAUGAUUAUAUAAUACUCAUUUAUAUUUUUAAAAUCAUCAUGUGCACAUUUUCUUUUUAAUUUAAUACAGAAAUUACAUUAAUUGAACAGUUGUUUCUGUUUUUCCAGAUUACAGUUAUUAUUGCUUAUUGAUCAAUUUACUUGCACUGCACUUCACUUCACUUUGAAAGCAUUAAGAGUUUUAGAGUAUAUCUUUAUAGUAGAGAAAUAUUGAAAUUAAAGUUAUUUCUUACACUUGAAAAUAAAAUAUACUAUAUAGAACAGGUGAUUGCGAAGUGCAUUACAAAAAUAACUAUUUUAUUACUUUAAAAUAUUAAUAAUACUGUUCAGUUGCUACAUUAUUAUUGAAGUGGGUGAACAUUUCUUGUAGAGAAUGUUAUGUAGCUAAAGUACAAUGUGAGAAAGUUUAAAAUAAAUCUAUAUUAGAAGUGAAGAAA